AGGCCGAGCGGCGGCGCGGGCCGGCGGGAGCGGGCGCGGGCCGCGGGGCUGCAGAAGCCCCAGGCGCCGGAGCCGCAGCCACCGCCGAGCCUGGAAGCGGGAGCGGGUGCAGGGCCCCCGGAGGCGCCUGCCGAGCGGGAUCGCGACAGCCCCAGGGAGGAGGACGAGCCCAAGCUGGCUCCAGGCCCUCAGGUAGGAACGAGCAAGACGACUCCGACUGCUCGGCUGCUUUCACCUCCCCGGAGCGGGAGCGGGAGCGGGGCGGGAUUGGGCAUGGACACGCUAUCGGGCUGGGGCCAGAUCCCAAGUCCGGAGCAGACGCUUUCGGUCCCCUUGCCGGGAAUGGAGGCUGGACCCCUCUCCAGAAUCAAAGCUCAGCCAACCCUCUUGCGACCCGUGUUCAGUCCCUACUCCGGAGCUAAACGUUCUGGCCAUCCGGACCGCUGGGACUGGCGUAGGUCCUGAGACCACAGCCCGGUUGUCUGCCCCCCACUUCCCUUCGGACCCAUCCGAUUCCCCCGGCCCCUAAGAGGUCAUUUCAGGGCGCUGGAAUCUCGGGGCUGCAGCCUGGGUGCGUCCCCCACUCCUGCCCCCGCCCCCAGAAGCUUCGUUCCUCUCCCAGCUCUGUCUGCAGCCACUACCCUCAACAGCUGUACCUCUGCAUCUGCCUUCUGGGACCUCCCCCCUUUCCCCACCAAGCAGAACAGUUGGAACAGACAGGCAGGCUGCCCCAAAGACUGUUAGAACAACUCCGCCAAGGAAGAAACCCUUGUUCUCCCUACCUCCUAUCCCGUAGGGUGUCCCCCACUGUCCACCCCCGCCCCUCGCCAGGCCCCUAGUUUGGUGAAUCCUGUGAGAGUUAAGAGUAUACGGGAGGAUUCUCAAGCUUCCAGCUUGCCACCUGAAAGGUCACUUUCUUUUGAGCGAAAGAGAGAACAGGAGAGGCGGGGGCGGCGGGGGCCACAGUUGCUCAGGGAGGGUUGUGGCACCCGGGGCUGGGUGGCUUGCCCUAAGCUUGCUCUGACAAAAGAGUUUUGAGUUGGUUUUUUGGCUGAGCCUGCCGAGGAAGGCAGGCCCCUGCAGGAGUCUUGGAGGGUCGGAUGCAGCGCCCGGAUGAGGAUGAGGCGUGGCGGAAGAUGCGUUUGGCUCUGCAGACACUGCAUCGGGCAGCAGGGGACUCUGGGAGGCUGGUGCAGCCUGAAGGCAUGGCUCUUGACAGCCUUCUAGUAGAAUCUCUGGAAUUGUGCAUGUUCCCCCCACCUCCAGUCAGUCUGUGCAGACUUGUUGCCUGCUGUGUCACCGAGAGCGCAAAGGCUGGGAAGAAGGCCCUUCACAAAAUGGACUGGUGUUGCAGGAUUUCCUUGUCACAUACACCCUGCAAAUCACAGUCUUGUGGGGGUGACUCUCAUUCAUCCUCGUCCUCUUCUUCAUCAUCCUCAUCUUCCUCCUCUUCCUGCCAUGGCAACUCAGGGGACUGGGAUCCCAGCUCGUUCCUGUCAGCACAUAAGCUCUCAGGCCUCUGGAAUUCCCCACACUCCAGCGGGGCUGUGCCAGGUGGCUCACUUGGGAGCCCUCCUGCCAUCCCUGGUGAGGCUUUCCCUGUCUCGGAGCACCACCAGCACUCAGACCUCACUGCUCCCCCUAACAGCCCUACCGGCCAUCCCCCACAUCCAGCAUCUCUGAUUCCUUCUCACCCCGGCUCCUUCAGCUCACCGCCCCACCCACAUGUGUUGCCCUCCACCCCGGCAGCACCUUUCCCUGCCCAGGCUUCAGAGUGCCCUGUGGCUACUGCCACUGCCACCCACCCCCCAGGGCCUUGUCAGAGCCCCCAUCUGCCCUCCACCAGCAUGCCACUCCUGAAGAUGCCUCCACCAUUCUCUGGGUGCAACCACCCCUGCAGCGGGCACUGCGGUGGGCACUGCGGUGGGCCUCUCCUCCCACCACCGAGCUCGCAGCCACUCCCUAGCACUCACAGCAGGGACCCUGGGUGCAAGGGGCACAAAUUUGCACACAGUGGCCUGGCCUGUGAGGCAGAUGAGGGUCUGGGCGAGGAAGAGGAUAGCAGCUCUGAGCGCAGCUCUUGCACCUCGUCCUCCACCCACCCACGCGAUGGGAAGUUCUGUGACUGCUGCUACUGUGAGUUCUUCGGCCACAAUGCGCCACCCGCUGCCCCGACGAGUCGGAAUUAUACUGAGAUCCGGGAGAAACUCCGCUCGAGGCUGACCAGGCGGAAAGAGGAGCUGCCCAUGAAGGGGGGCGCCCUGGGCGGGAUCCCUGGGGAGCCUGCGGUGGACCACCGAGAUGUGGAUGAGCUGCUGGAAUUCAUCAACAGCACGGAGCCCAAAGUCCCCAACAGCGCCAGGGCUGCCAAGCGGGCCCGGCACAAGCUGAAAAAGAAGGAAAAAGAGAAGGCCCGGUUGGCAACAGAAGCUCUGAAGCAGGUGAAUCGUGUUUCUGGAAGCCAGGAGCUAAGGCCUGCCAGGGAGAGGCUCCUAGAGUGGCCUGAUCAGGAACUUGACCGGGUCAAUAACUUCUUGAGUAGCCGCUUGCAGGAGAUCAAGAGCACCGUCAAAGACUCCCUCUGUGCCAGUUUCAGCAUGUGUGAGCUCAACCUGGAUAGCAGUGGCUUUAAGGAGGGGACUGUGGAACCUCAGUCCCAGACUCUAACCCCUUCAGACCUCAAUGGCUCCUCUGAGCAACAGCCUGAUAUCAACCUUGACCUGUCCCCUUUGACUUUAGGCUCCCUUCAGAGCCACACAUUACAAGCUCCAAGUGAGCCAGUCAUACCAUGGGCAGAAAGAAGAGCCCCUCACCCAGCAUGGACAGAGGUACGGGGUCCCCCUCCUGGUACCCCUGAGAAUGGGCUCGUGAGACGACUCAACACUGUGCCCAACUUGUCCCGGGUGAUCUGGGUCAAGACGCCCAAGCCAGGCAACCUAAGCUCUGAGGAAAGUUCGAAGGAAGUUCCCAGUUGCAAGCAGGAGCCGGCUGAGCCUGUGGCCACGGGUGGGAAGCAAAAAAAGAGCAAGAGACAGGGAAGUCAAGCAAAGAAGAGUGAGGCUGGUCCGGCCUCCUGGCCUCCAGGCAACCUAGAGGCGCCCAGUGCCAAGAGCCAGACAUCUAGCUCCAAGCAGCCAGGCAAGGGCCUAGAGCCUGCCAAAGUGGGUGAUUGCGCAGAACCCGGAGAGGGCAGCCGGGGGAGCCGGCCAGGACCAAGUUGGGCUGACAACCCCAAAACUGAGAAGAAGGGUAGUUCCUGGCAGAACUGGCCAGGUGAGGCCAAGGCACGGACUCUGGAGCAGGAAUCUGUGCAGACCCCAGGCCCAGCAAGGCCACAGAGCUUGUCCCAGGGCAAAGGCCGCAGCCGCCGGAGCCGCAAACAGGAGAAGUCAGCCUCCUCCUUGGACGAUGUGUUCCUGCCCAAGGACAUGGAUGGGGUGGAGAUGGAUGAGACAGACCGCGAGGUGGAGUACUUCAAGAGGUUCUGUUUGGAUUCUGCAAAGCAAACUCGUCAGAAAGUUGCUGUGAACUGGACCAACUUCAGCCUCAAGAAAACCACUCCUAGCACAGCUCAGUGAGGCAGAGACCUCAGCUGCCCUGCCAGGUCGACUUCAGGUCAUCUCAAGGCCCCAACUCAAGCUGCAGAUGUAGUUUCUCCUCCUCCUUCCACCUGAUUUGACCCUCCCUGCUCCCACCACCCUGACCAACCAAAAGCGGAACGGAUGCCAUGCUGUGCGGGGCCUUUCAGGACCUCAGCAGAGCCGCUUCCUGGUGCUAUGCAGCCUUGACACUCAGAGCCCAGGGAUGGGCUGGCCUGUGAGCCAAGGGCUGAUGGGACUGCUGGCCCAACACUGCUCUCUUUGUGUUUGAUUUUGUUUUGUUUUGUUUUGUUUGUUUUUUUAAUUCUUUACUUUUGAUACUGUGAAUAUCUUCCAUGCGGAAAGAUAAAGCAACAUUUGGACACAGAA